AUGCCUCCUAAAUAUCUAUCUGGAGCUCAAAAGGGAAAAAUGAAACAAAGGGAGGAAGCAUUAAUUCAAAGUCAAGCCGGUGAUAUUAACAAAUAUUUUAUUAGAAGUAGCAGAAUAGAAAGAGAGGAAUUAGGGGAUAAUUUGGUGAUUGAAGAACAAAGCCACAAUGAAAAUGAAGAAUUGGUUGAGGUUGCCAAUUUGAUUGAGUCAAAUGAAAAUUUAGAAGAAGACUCUCAACCUGGAAAAUUAAAUUUGAUUAUGAAUUUGGAGGAUCCUGAAAAUUGGAAUAACAUUGAUAAAAAAUUGAGAGAUUACUUAAUCGAAAUGGGUCCAAAAAGAGUGAAUGAUUUUUUGUUUCCUAAGGAUAGUAACAAUAGGCAUUUUGAUUCAUCACAUUAUACACGGGUAAUGGCAAAUGGACAAACAUUAGAUAGAAGAUGGCUUGUAUAUUCUAUUUUAUUGGAUAAAAUAUUUUGCUUCUGUUGCAAGUUGUUCAAGACUGAACAAAUGAUGAGUAGAAUGGGGAAUUUGGGUAAUGAAGGAUACAAAGACUGGCGUAAUAUGCAUAGAAGUCUUAAACAACAUGAAGCUAGUAGAGACCAUAUGGAUUGCAUAAUUGCUUGGGUUGAAUUAGAAAAGAGGCUGAAAAAAAAUCAAACAAUUGAUUACAGUAUGCAACUUCAAUUCAACAAAGAAAGACAACAUUGGAGGCAAGUGUUAACAAGAAUAAUUUCCAUUGUGAAAACACUUGCCAAAAAUACUUUGGCAUUUCGAGGGGAUGAUGAGAAACUUUAUGUCGAGAACAAUGGGAUAUUUUUGCAAAUGAUAGAAAUGGUUGCUGAGUUUGAUCCAGUGAUGGAGGAGCAUGUUCGACGUUGUGAAGCAAGGGAAUCUCAAUAUACAUAUUUUAGUCCAAAAAUUCAAAAUGAACCGAUAGAGACUUUGGCAAAUGAAGUGAAAAGGGCAAUCAUUGCAAAAGUUAAACAUGCAAAAUAUUUUUCAGUGGAUGGCACAUCAGGUCUUGAGUUAUUAAGUGAACUUCUAAAUGUGUUAACUAGAGUUGGGAUUGACAUCGAUGACAUAAGAGGGCAGGGGUACGACAACGGGUCUAACAUGAGUGGAAGACACAAAGGUGUACAAAAAAGAUUGCUUGAAAUAAAUCUGAGAGCCUUUUACACACCAUGUGGUUGUCAUAGUCUUAAUUUGGCCUUAGUUGAUAUGGUGGAAUGUUGUCCUAAAGCCAAAUCCUUCUUUGGAGUGGUGCAACGCAUCUACACAUUGUUUUCUUCCUCUACAAAGAGAUGGAAAAUUUUUAAAGAUAAGGUGUCUGGUUUGACCGUUAAGCCAUUGUCACAUACCCGUUGGGAAAGUCAUGUUGAAAGUGUUAAAGCCAUAAAAGAGCAAAUUGUAAAUAUAAGAGAUGCUUUACAUGACUUAGCAGAAGUUGCUGAAGAUUCUAAAACAAAGAGUGAUGCGGAGACCUUAGCACUAUAUGAUCUUGGGAGUUUUGAGUUCUUGCUUGGAAUGGUUGUAAAAUACCGAAAAUAG